AUGCAAGAAAAUCACGAACCCUGGCAACAACGAGCAACAGGAAACAAGGGAAAGAAAAACUCCCGAACAGCGGUAACUAAAAGACUCACGGACUCAGAAGACAUGACAGGACACACAGCUGACUGGAGCAGAGCCCAGAAAGGACUGCGGACGAUCAAAACCGCGGGGGAACAGCAGGCUAG